CUCAAACCAGACACGCAUGCGCAGAAACAACGUCUGCCUGUCACAGUCUAGCUACACUUUCACUUUGCGUAGAUAUCGAGCAGCUUUUCACUCAAAACUACAACAAAAACACAGCAUAAACGUAAUCUUUAAAGCCGUGUUUGAUGGACUGUAAAGGGUGAAGGUAUUAUUUCGCCAGCUUAACCUUUUUGCUGAACACUAAAUAAGAAAAUGAACCGUAAACAACACCGUUAGCUAACUCUGAAGCAACAAUGUUCAGACAUCCAAAGUAACGUUAAGUUAACAACUCGUCUGUCGACUCUGACCUCCUGGACAGCUCUGGUCCCUUGGUAACCCAGCGGUUCCAGCAGACCUCACAAUAUGGAGCGGUCUGCACUUAAACAGAACCAGCUGUGCGGCUCCUGGGAAAUGAAGGAGAAACUUGGGACAGGAGGCUUUGGGAAUGUCUACCUGUACCAGCACCUUGAGUUGGGAGAGAAGAUUGCGGUGAAACUUUGCCGCUUGGAGCUGAACUCCAAGAACAAAGACCGUUGGGGCAGAGAGAUUCAGAUCAUGAAGAAGCUCAACCAUGUGAAUGUUGUUCAGGCCAGAGAAGUUCCAGAAGAGUUGAGCUCCAUUGCUUUAAAUGACUUACCUCUGUUGGCCAUGGAGUACUGCUCAAGAGGAGACCUCCGCAAGGUGUUGAAUAAACCAGAAAACUGUUGUGGGCUAAAGGAGGGUGAAGUCCUUUCGCUGCUCAGUGACAUUGGUUCUGGUAUCCAAUAUCUACAUGAAAAUAAGAUCAUUCACAGAGACCUGAAGCCAGAGAACAUAGUUCUGCAGGAGGUUGGUGGGAAGCUUGUCCAUAAAAUCAUAGAUCUGGGUUAUGCAAAAGACCUAGAUCAGGGCAGUCUCUGUACAUCCUUUGUUGGAACUCUCCAGUAUCUGGCUCCAGAGCUGUUUGAGAGUAAACCCUACACUGUAACUGUGGACUACUGGAGCUUUGGGACAGUGAUCUUUGAAUGCACUUGUGGCUUUCGCCCCUUUUUACAUCACAUGCAGCCUGUACAGUGGACAAGUAAAGUCAAGAACAAAGGUCCCAAAGACAUCAUGGCAGUAGAGGACAUGAAUGGAGAAGUCCGAUUCUCCCCACAUCUCCCAUAUCCCAAUAAUCUCAGCAGACCGUUGCAGGAACCAGUCGAGUGUCUUCUGCAGGUGUUGUUACUGUGGGACGCUGCAACGCGUGGUGGUGGGCUGGAUCCUGACACAAACAAACCGCAUUGCUACACAGCUCUACAGAAUAUUCUCAACAUGAAGGUGAUUCAUGUGUUGGACAUGACGUCAGCACAGCUGCACUCUUUAGUUUUGGGUGCUGAGGAGAGUUUACACUCCCUGCAGCUUCGUCUGGAGACACACACUCAGACGCACAUCUCCCCGCUGAGUCAAGAGCUGCUGCUGGAGACGGGAAUCUCCCUCGACCCACGCAGACUGCCCGCACACUGUCUGCCGGAGGGAUUGCGAGGUUGGGACAGCUCCAUAGUUUUCCUGUUUGAUAAGAGCCUGACCAAGUACUCAGGACCGCUGACUGCCAGACCUCUGCCAGACCGUGUCAACUUUAUAGUCAGGGAGACUAAGACACAGCUCCCACUCUCUGCACUGAGAAAGGUGUGGGGGGAAGCCGUCAGCUACAUCUGCGGACUGAAAGAGGACUACAUUCGCCUGUACCAGGGACAUAGGGCUGCCAUGCUGAGCCUGCUGCGCUACAACACCAACCUAACACGGUACAAGAACCUGCUGUUCUCCCAGUCGCAGCAGCUCCGAGCCAAACUGGCUUUUUUUAAAACCAGCAUCCAGCACGACCUUGAGCAGUACACCAAGCAGAGGCACAUCGGCAUCUCUUCAGAAAAAAUGUUGAAGACCUGGCAGGAAAAUGAAGAUAAAGCCGACGGGUUCACAAAGGUUGCAGAUGUGGGGUAUCUGGAUGAAGAGAUAGUGGCUCUACAUUCUGAGAUUGUGGAAUUGCAGAGGAGUCCAUUUGCGAGGAGACAGGGGGAUGUAAUGGAACAGCUCGAGGAAAAGGCUAUUGACCUCUUCAAGCAACUGAAAGCUAAAUGCAAAAGUCCUGACCCUCCACAUGGCUACAGUGACAGCUCGGACAUGGUGAAGAUGAUAGUCCAAACAGUUCAGAACCAGGACAGAGUGCUGAAAGACUUGUAUACUCACCUUAGUACGAUUCUGGUGUGUAAGCGACGCAUCGUUGAUUUGUUCCCUAAGUUGGAGAGGGCUGUAGAGAACAUAAAAACUGCAGAGGCUGCAGUGAUGCAGAUGCAAAUGAAGAGACAGAAAGAGUUCUGGUACCUCCUCAAGAUUGCCUGUGCCCAGAGCAAUUCUCCAUCACAGUCACUUAUGCAACAAUCCACUGACAGUGAAACUGUUCAUCAGUUACUGGAUGAGAAUCUGCGUUAUCUAAGUCAACUAACUUCUCUGUUGCAAGACGCCACCCAGGAGAUGGAGCACAGUGUCAUGGAUCAGGACUGGAGCUGGACUCAGUACGGAGCAGUGCAAGCCCAACCUCAGAAGCUGUAGAAAAUGGCCAAAGGCUCAGGAGUCAAAUAUAGUAUAUACUUUUAAAUAGGUUUGGGUACCGACAUCCGGUGCUGAUACGCCACCGGUGCCUUAACAACCGGUAUCUACCGUACCGAAUUAGAACGCGGAUUUCGGUGCCACUGAAAUGCCAGCGCUGCCCUCUGAUGUUCCGAAACAGAUGUUAGAGGCUACCGAAACAUCGCUGCAUGUGACGCUAGUUAGCAUAAUGCACUUAGCAGCAGGUAACGUUAGCCUACCGUUAGCUAGCAGCUGGAUUAAACCAUGGUUGUAUUAAGAGAAUGGUUAAAAUGCUGACAGCUAAUGCGGUGUGACUGUAUUUCACUGUAGAGGAUUCCAACACAGAGACGUAGUCUGCAGCUGCUGUUGUUGGAAAAACAACACAGACGGUGGGUUCGCUUGAAAUUCGCCUCGCCAGCCUCAUGGUGCAUUCAAAGUUAUUGAAAAAUACCCUUUUUCCAUCUAGUGGUUGUGUCGUUGUUUACCAGCAAUUUACUGGUGAAAUAAAUGAUUGUUAUAAGUUAUUGUUAUUACAUUUUUAAUAAAUCAUUUAAUUUUGACCAUAUGGCCUUAGCAAUAAACAAGCUGUUCUUAAAUGUCGCCGACUGUCAUUUUGUGCUCCUUUUUUUAAUAAAUACAUAUUUUUUUUAAAUGUUUUCAAAAGUAUCGGUUCCGGCACCGUUUUAAAAGUAUCGUUUUAGCAUGGGUAUCGGAAAAAACCCAAACGUUACCCAACCCUAACUGUAAACGAGUGCCUUAUCCGAGUUACACUAUCUGAAAGCUUUGUGAUUCCAUACUGUGUAUUUAACAUACAUGUAACAGUGUAAAACUGCAUAAUAGUGCACUGUAAGCUAUUCAUGUUUUAAUUUAAAUGCAUAUUAUUGAGUUUUAGCUGUAAUCAAGACCAUAUUUAUUUUACUGGUAAUAUUGAUUAGAGUAAACAUUGCUGCUGACAAACUAUGCAUGAUGGAAUAUGAAUAAAUAUUUAUAAAUGUAUGGCACA